AUGAGAGCCUAUCUUUUCAAUGACAAAGAACACGUCUUUAGCAAAAUGACACAUUUAACAGAAAUUUCUUCCUCCAUCUUCCCUAGCAGAGAUUCAUCCAUAGUCAACAUAAUGGAAAAUUCUAAGAUUUAUGACUCUUUUCAACAUGAACUUGAGGAUUAUGUUAGAAAGCAGAAAGCCAGAGGAUUACAACCAGAGGUUUGCUUUAGAAAGGUGACAGAAGAUUCUGAGUACAAAGACAGAGGCCACACUGCACCCAGACCUCUAAUGCUGGAGCAGGGAUCCUCCUUCACAAGGACCCACACAUUCUCCAGUUCCCACCCAAGGCAGAGAACAGAAGAAAACCAGUUACUGCCGUGGUCCAAACUUCAUCACUCCAGACAAAGACUGGAAUCUCUAAGCCACUGUCAGAAAACACAGGACCAUUUCUCCAAGAAUCUGUGGCUUCCAAGCCCACCCGUGCAAGGAAAGACCCCUGACCUCCAUGCUGCACAACGCGGGAAAGAUACCAGCCACCUCUGGGAGGAGGAUCCCACCAGAGCCCAUCAGGCUGGAGAUCAAGAUCAAGGCCAGGGCAGAAGGUUCAGGGAGGAGGGAAGAGGAGAAUGUGACAAGGAGGAGCAGGGACAGGGGAAGACAAAGCAUCGUGAGCAUGGAGAUUCCCAUAAAGAGAACAAGAAAAAGGCCAAGGUGCAGCCAAUCAGCGCGGAAAAGCCCAAACACAGAAAGAGGAGCCACCAAGAUACCACACAGGAGGGAAGAAGGUCCCAGAGAGAGAAGAAGCAACCUGGCAAAGAAAGCACGCAGGAGAGGGACUUGUGGGAUGAAGCCGUCCUCAGCAGUUGUUACUGA